GGGAGCCACAUCAGGAAAUACUAAAGAGAAACGGUUCCUCUGCAUGUUCUGUAACAAAGGCUUCAGCAGCUCCCAGAAGGUGGAGAUCCACCAGAGGGUCCACACAGGGGUGAAACCCUUCAGCUGUACCCAGUGUCAUAUGCGCUUCACCCAGGCUGGUGACCUGAAGAGGCACCAGAGGGUCCACACAGGAGUGAAACCCUUCAGCUGUACCCAGUGUCACAUGAGCUUUGCCCAGGCUGGCAACCUGAAGAGGCACCAGAGGGUCCACACAGGGGAGAAAUCCUACAGCAACCCCCCAGUGUGAGAAGAAGUUCUCCCACUUGCACCAACUGAACAUGCACCUGAAAGUCCAUAUGGGAGAAA